AUGGCGGCCACGAAGGACGAGCAGUCUGCGGGGAGCAGUGAGGGAGAGCGGCUGGAUUUCCUGCGGGACCGGCAUGUGCGGUUCUUCCAGCGCUGCCUCCAGGUCUUGCCGGAGCGCUAUUCUUCGCUCGAGACCAGCAGGUUGACAAUUGCAUUUUUUGCACUCUCUGGACUGGAUAUGUUGGAUUCCUUAGAUGUCGUGAACAAAGAUGAUAUAAUAGAGUGGAUUUACUCCCUGCAAGUCCUUCCCACAGAAGAUAGAUCAAAUUUAAAUCGCUGUGGAUUCCGAGGCUCUUCAUACCUGGGUAUUCCAUUCAAUCCAUCAAAGAAUCCUGGAACAGCUCAUCCUUAUGAUAGUGGCCACAUAGCAAUGACCUACACUGGCCUUUCAUGCUUAGUUAUUCUUGGAGACGACUUAAGCCGAGUAAAUAAAGAAGCUUGCUUAGCAGGCUUGAGAGCCCUUCAGCUAGAAGAUGGAAGUUUUUGUGCUGUACCUGAAGGAAGUGAAAAUGACAUGAGAUUUGUGUACUGUGCUUCCUGUAUUUGCUAUAUGCUCAACAAUUGGUCAGGCAUGGAUAUGAAAAAAGCCAUUGACUAUAUUAGAAGAAGUAUGUCUUAUGACAAUGGACUGGCACAGGGAGCUGGACUUGAAUCUCAUGGAGGAUCAACUUUUUGUGGCAUUGCAUCACUGUGUCUGAUGGGUAAACUAGAAGAAGUUUUUUCAGAAAAGGAAUUGAACAGGAUAAAGAGAUGGUGUAUAAUGAGACAACAAAAUGGUUAUCAUGGAAGACCUAAUAAGCCUGUAGACACCUGUUAUUCUUUUUGGGUGGGAGCAACUCUAAAGCUUCUGAAAAUUUUCCAGUACACUAAUUUUGAGAAAAAUAGAAAUUACAUCUUAUCAACUCAAGAUCGUCUAGUAGGGGGAUUUGCCAAGUGGCCAGAUAGUCAUCCAGAUGCUCUACAUGCAUACUUUGGGAUUUGUGGUCUGUCACUAAUGGAGGAAAGUGGAAUUUGUAAAGUACACCCUGCUCUGAAUGUAAGCACACGGACUUCUGAACGCCUUCGAGAUCUCCACCAGAGCUGGAAAAUCAAGGACUCUACACAGUGUUCAGAGAAUGUGCCCAUCUCCACUUGA